GAAGUUGAGGACGAGCGUGGAGGAGCGCCGGAGCAGAUCAUUUGGACUGAGAGAGGAAAAGGCGACCGAUCAAGAGCGUUCACCCCCGUGCCUCCCUGACAGGGACAUGAGGGAGAGGGUGCCAUCCAGCCAAACUAGCGGGCAGCCCAGUAUACACCCCAGUCAGAGCUCAGCAUGGCUAUAAGGAACCCUCGCCUGAAUACUUGCCUGUUUACUGCCUGCCUGUGUCUUUGGAGAGGGAUCCUUGGCCAUGACUUCCUAGGGCCAAAGGCGGUGGCGGAACCCGUCCUUACUCCCAACACCGUAUGCAUGACCCUCCCCUGGCUGAGCCGGCGCCAACUCGGGCUCUGCACGCGCAGCCCGGAAGCGACGGCCUCGGCUCUCCAGGGCGUCCACCUUGCCAUCCAUGAAUGCCAGCACCAGCUGCAAGAGAGGCGUUGGGAUUGCUCUGACCUGAGCAGUGGUGGCACCGUGCUUCUCAACAGCCCCAUUCUGAAGAGAGGCUUCCGGGAAAGCGCCUUUGCCUUCUCCUUGCUGGCAGCUGGGGUAACUCAUGCAGUGGCCACAGCUUGUAGCCUUGGGGAGCUGCAGAGCUGCGGCUGUGCCGGGCAAGGGAACGAGAACCAGAAGCUGAAGCUCAGCCAGCUGCAGACACUCAGCCGGGGCAAGGGCCUGCCCCCGAUGCCGUCUUCACUGUGGGGGGAGCCUGGUCCCCAGGACACCUGGGAGUGGGGGGGCUGCAGUGCAGACUUUGACUAUGCCCAGAAAUUUGCCCGGCACUUUUUGGACCCUCGAGGAAAACCACGCGAUGCUCACGCCCGGAUGCAACUGCACAGCCACCGUGUAGGCAGGAAGGCUGUGUCAGAGCUGGGCCAGCGAAGGUGUAAAUGUCAUGGCCCUUCGGGGAGCUGCCAAUUCCGGACAUGUUGGCUGGCAGUGCCUGAUUUCCAGCAUGUGGGUUCCAAUUUGAAAGAGCGCAUGGACAACGCCAUACUCCUGCGGCCACACAAUAGCAACUCGGGAGCCUUUCGGCCGCGGCUCCACCGUUCUCGCCUAGCCAAGAAUCUCAUCUUCUAUGAACCCUCACCUGAUUUUUGUGAGCCUGACCCAAGCCUGGGCUCCUCGGGCACCCAUGGCCGCCCAUGUGUCAAAGGCAGUGCACGGCCGGACGGCUGCGGCAGCCUGUGCUGUGGCCGUGGCCACAAUGUGUUGCAGGAGGAGCAUGCCCACCGUUGCCACUGCCGCUUCCACUGGUGCUGCCAUGUGCAGUGCGAAGAGUGCCCUGCCACUGAGUGGGUGAGCGUCUGCAAAUGAACAGGGGCAAGGCACUGCUCUCCAGAGACCUUGCGCUAUGAGUCAAGUCCCCCAAGGGCCACACGUGCCCCAGCUGGGCUGCAUGGCAAGGGCCCAACUGCAACGGUGGUCAGCAAGUGAUAAGAGGAGUUUAGGGAUGAUGCCACCUGAAGGGUCACAGCCUCCUACGGGCCACGUGUUGUUGUUUUUUGUGGUUCUGCCACAUGCCAUGCAAGGCGCUUGCUGACUUGGUGUGAUGACGGGGAUGACUGGCUUGCCAAGUGGCACCGGGCUUCCAAGUGGAAUUGGACAGCCCAGUUAGAUUAGAUGGAAUCCUAUGGCAUUCUAGCCCAGUAAUGGAAGUGCCCUGAAAAGUCCGUAGCCUUCGCCGGUCCUGUUUUCCCAUGGUUGUGCUAGCUACCAUGUGCCUGGUGUCUAGUUUGAGAUUGAACUGCCAUCUAGGAAUUGAGAAGUGGGGAGGGGAGUAGGCAUCAAAUGCUGAAGGCUGUAUGUCCCAUAAUGGUUUUGCUCUUCAAAUAUCUGUUGUUGGGAGGACC